CUUUUCCCCUCUGUAAAAUCUUCUGGAAAACCGAAUCUCCUUUCCGCGAAAAUGGUCCAAUCCUCAAAGUCCUGCCAGCCGUGUCGUUUCGCUCGCCAUCGAACCGAACAGCCCCCAUGUCUGCCGGCGCUUUAACGGUGACCUCGCCGUCGUGGGGUCCGAUUCCGGCCCCGCGGCCCGCCAACGGAGGCAGAGCGGCGGCGAGGUUGGCAGCUCCGAGGGCGGCCCUGGUCGAAGCGAGGCCUCGAGGUCCGCCCCAGGAGGUCAGGGACGGCGGCGGCGGCGGAGGGGGAGGCCGGGGCGGCGCAGUCGUGCCGGUGCUGAGAGUCGAUCGAGCUGAGGACAUCCAAGCCGAGGCUCGAGCCAUGGCGCGCGCCGCCAAUGCCACCGUUUACACUCCCGAGCUCCUCUCUCGCCGAUACGGCCGUCGCCCUCUCAAGGUGGCGGGGAGAGCGCUGGAGAUAGUGGUUGCUCUAGGUUCUUUCGCAAUUAAGUUGUUGGUGGAUCAAAGCAAUGGACAGAUUGAUCAAAAUAAGAGGAAGCGAGGUGCUGAGUUGAGAAGGAUUUUCACAAGAUUGGGGCCGACUUUUGUUAAGAUAGGGCAGGGGCUGUCGACGAGGCCCGAUCUCUGCCCUCCCGAGUACUUGGACGAGCUCUCUGAACUUCAGAUUUCUGUUUCCAGCGCGAGGGCUCGCUUUAUACCAUGUGAAUCUCUUAACAUCUUGCACCUUUAGGCAAUGAAUCUUCAAUGGCUUGCUAUUUCCUUGAAGUGGAAUAGUCUUAGGAAAGUUUUACUGCUGGUGCAAUUGUUUUUCCUCCAUUGAUGGAAGCAAAAGGUUUCUUUGUUCACAUGUCUCUGUGUGAAAACAGAAAUCCCUUUGAAUUGGUUCACCAUCAUUUCACAGAGCUAAACAAAAUGAAGAAGCUUUCUAUCUGGCUAGACACUCGUAAA